GGCUAUCCCGGAAAAGGACUGCCGCCCCGCCGGAAGACUCUUCCAGAUACUUAGUUAGCAGCUAGCUGUUAGCCCUAUGCAAAAAUGGAUGAGAACAUAGUAGCCUGUGAUUUUUGUGUGUAAUGUUUGUAGAGUUGUUCAUGCUGAAUGUGUUUAGACUUCAGUGUGUGUGUGUAGGUUAUUGCUGUGUGACGUCAUUAUGUCGCGGAGCGGGGAGAUAAUCCACCUCAACGUCGGAGGGAAGAGGUUCAGUUCUUCGCGGCAGACUCUGACCUGGGUUCCAGACUCGUUCUUCUCCAGUCUGCUGAGCGGGCGAAUCUCCACCUUGAAAGAUGAGACGGGAGCGAUCUUCAUUGACAGAGACCCUUCCCUCUUCGCUCCCAUCCUCAACUUCCUGCGCACCAAAGAGCUCCACCCCCGCUCCAUCAACGUACACAUGCUCACGCACGAGGCCGAGUUCUACGGUAUUACCCCACUUGUGCGUAAGCUGCAGCUGUGUGAUGACCUGGACCGCUCCUCCUGUGGCAACGUGCUGUUCAACGGAUACCUGCCCCCUCCAGUGUACCCAGCCAAGAGGAGGAAUCGUCACAGCGUAGCCGGGCCUCAGUACCCGGUCCGUGUGGCGCCGGCAGAGCGCGCACCGGUCCGGCGAAGCAACACCAUGCCCCCCCACCUGGGCGGGGGCGGACCUCUCGCCCACCGGCCCCCCGAGGACCGGGUCCCUGGGGGCCAGGUGUCGGACCCGGGUAUGGUGCGGAUCAUCUGUGGGCAUCACAACUGGAUCGCCGUAGCGUACGCCCAGUUCGUAGUCUGCUACAGGGUGAAGGAGUCCACUGGCUGGCAGCAGGUCUUCACAUCGCCCCGUCUGGAUGGUGUGAUCGACAGGGUGGCGCUCAACGCCAAGGUGAUGGCUGGGUCGCUGGGCGACAACGACAAGAUGGUGGCUGUCGCCUCGGGAACAGAGAUCAUCCUCUGGGCCAUCUGCCCUGACGGCAAUGGCAACGAGAUCGGCGUGUUCAGCCUCAACGUGCCGGUGGAGGCCCUCUUCUUUGUUGGUAACCAGCUGAUUGCUACCAGUCACACGGGGAAGGUGGGAGUGUGGAAUGCAGUCACCAAACACUGGCAGAAUCAGGACGUGGUUCCCAUCAACAGCUGUGAUACGGCCGGCUCCUUCCUUAUCCUCGGCUGCAACAACGGAUCCAUCUACUACAUAGAUGUCCAGAAGUUUCCUCUCAGGAUGAAAGACAACGACCUCCUGGUGACGGAGCUGUACAGAGACCCCACUGAAGACGCUAUCACUGCCCUCAGCGUUUACCUCACCCCCAAGACCAGUGACAGUGGCAACUGGAUAGAGAUCGCCUACGGGACCAGCUCCGGAGCUGUGAGGGUCAUAGUGCAGCACCCAGAGACUGUGGGCUCCGGACCCCAGCUGUUCCAGACCUUCUCUGUUCACCGCAGCCCAGUCACCAAGAUCAUGCUGUCAGAAAAGCAUCUCAUCUCAGUGUGCGCCGACAACAACCAUGUGCGUACCUGGACGGUGACGCGGUUCCGCGGGAUGAUCUCCACCCAGCCGGGCUCCACCCCCCUCACCUCCUUCAAGGUCCUCUCCCUGGACGGGACGGACGGCCACGGGGGCUGCAGCGCCGGGACUGACAUCGGUCCGUAUGGGGAGAGGGAUGAGCAGCAGGUGUUUAUCCAGCGAGUCGUUCCUGAUUCUGAUAAACUCUACGUCAGACUGUCCUCCAACGGGAAGAGGGUGUGUGAGGUGCGGUCCGUAGACGGUACCUCCAUCACCUCCUUCGUGGUCCACGAGUGCGAGGGUUCGAGUCGCAUCGGCUCCCGGCCACGCCGCUACCUCUUCAGUGGCCACGGCAACGGCAGCAUCCAGAUGUGGGACCUCACCACCGCCAUGGAGGUCACGGGGAAGGUGGACAUCAGAGCGCUGGGAGGGCCGACAGAGGAGGAGCUAUUGGAGCUGCUGGACCAGUGUGACCUGACCAUGACCCGGACCCCCGACACCACCCCACGUACCUCCACCUGCAGUCUCUACCAGCAGGGUUCUGAGUCUUCACGGGUUGAUCGUCCUUUAGGGGGAAGAUCGUUCUAUGGUAGUCUUCCUCGCCAGCCCCCCCCUCCUCUCCCCCCCACUAAGCCCCUCUCCCGUGAGGCGGAGCCCACCCCCCCGCCCCCGGGCCAGGCCCCCCAGCCCCGGUUCCAGCGAGGUCCUGCCCCUCAGGCAGCAGGCCCCGCCCCCUUGCGGAGGGGCAGCUUUGUGGAGCGCUGCCAGGAGCUGGCGGGCGGGGCCGAGGGGGGGAGGCGGAGCCUAGCGGUGUGCAGUGAGCUAGAGAGCCGGCUGGGCCUAAGAGCCCCCACGACCUUCUCUGUGUCGCCCGGGCAACACGUCUCACCUUCGUCGUCGUCAUCCCAGCGCAGGGCCCCAGUUAGCCCCGCCCCCUCAGCAGUCAGUCCAACCUGCUCACCCGGCUCCACCUCUCCUCAACACCUGAUUGGAUCCCCUGAGACCCCGCCCCCCCCAGAGGCCCCGCCUCCCCCCGAGGCUGUGGCCGCUCAGACUCCAGCGCCCGGACCUUCGACCAGUCCUAAGCCCCCAAUGAACGAAACCAGCUUCUGAUUGGUUAGAGCGGCCAGGCUCCUACCACGCCAAGUUAAAUGCCUUUAUAAUCAAUGUAUAAACCGCUAUAAGAUUAAAAGUGUUCACUUUUCUUAAACCUCUUUCUCAUAUUUAACCAAUUACACCCCACAGGAAGUCUCCUCCUCUAUGACAGGAGCCAGAUGCGCAGAUAAAACCAUCUUCCACAAAUAAGCUACUAGUUACGUGUGACUAACGGUCUAGCCUUCCUACCUGACUAACCUUGAAACACUCGAUACUUCAAAAUAAAAGCCACGGUGGUGUCUGGAGAUCUUUGAUGAAGAGGAGCAGUAUUUAGUGAUUUGCUGAAUGUAGAAUGUGCUAGCUCAUGAUUGGCAUAGGUCCUGACCCGAGGACCAAUGGGGCCGGUCCAGUAUUUAUGACAUCAUCUCGUGUCCCUGGCCGGUCCUCUCCACGGCAACGGCUAGCCAAACGUUUCUUAUUUUUUAUAUCUUUCUGUUGAUGCACGUUGUGAGGAUGAUAGCGGUGACGAUAAUGAUGAUGAUGAAGGUGGUGAUGGAGACGAUGGUGCUGAUGAUGUUUAAGAAGGUCGUGAUGACGAUGAUGAGGAUGAUCAGAAUUAUUUGUUAGCCCGAUUGUGUCAUUGUGAGCUGGUAGCUCUGGUUGCUUUAUAAAACUGCUUUUCUAAUGUAUUUGUAUGAAAAAAUUAAACAACUAACUGCUUAAAACCCUAGUCUUGUCCGUCAGAUGCCGACCCCACCCACACAGCGCUUUUCAUCUGCAAGGUAUCAGAUAUAUUAGAAGAACAUGUUUGAUAACUAAAAUAAUAUUGAUGAAAUAUAUUAUAUAUUUGUGAACAUGUGGUUUUCAGCUGCGAUACUGUU